CUCCGUAGUUUUAUAUUUCAGUCAAGAACCAAAAAUAAUAAAAUUCUGAGCAAACCGAUUUCUUCUCCAGCAUUAAAAUAAAAAAUGGCUUCAAAUAAAUGAAUUUUGCCUGUUGAGUGAUUUUUAAUGUGCAGAUAUGACAUAUUUUUAUUUGCAGGUAAAUAUUAGGACUUUCAUCAACAACAAUAAUUGGGAAAAAUGUUUGGAUGCAGAAUUUAUCUUUUGAAAAUGAGAUCAGAGGAAAGGGUUAAAACCUGAGGAGACCUGAGAGCCUACAUUUCCCACAAUGCAACCUGCCUGUUAGUGAACCUGCUGUUUGUUUCUCUGCAGGGUUUUUAUUUAUGUACAGAUUCAGUUUAUGAUGUUCCGUAGUUUUAAAUUAGCAGAUUAAUUUAAAAUGUUUAACAAUAUUAUCGCUUAUCACAAUAAUUACUGGACAAUUUAUCGUCCAGUAAAAUGAUCGUGUCAGAAACACGUAAGAGUUUCAGCUGUUCCUCCGUUUGACUAACAUAGUAAACUAACCAAUCACAAGCUUUCAAACCUAUGACAUCAUCAGCUGGGAAUUCCCAAACGGUUCAAAGCCUCCUGUAUGCAAACUUCUGGAUUUAAGGAGGAUGAUGAAGGCUGAGCUGGAUUAUUUUAUAUUCCGGGAUUAUAAUCUUUGUUUCUGGUUGUUGAAUUUUAUUUCCUGCGGUGACCAUCAGGAACCUGCAGGGUUGAAAAGGAAAACUAGUUUUCUGCGUCCCUGAACGAUCCUCCAGGAGGAGGAGGAAGAGGAGGAGCCGCCCUCCUCUUCCUCUCCGCAGAGCCGCUGAUCCAUUUCGCACCUGCGGUCCGAGUCUACCUGUGGAUCCGGCGGCAGCAGCAGCAGCAGCAGCAUGGGGGUCUCCGCGUCCAGCCUGCUGGAUGAAGCCAAGUCCGCCUACAUCAGAGGCCAGGCGCAGGCCGAGCUGAGCGACUUCGCUCCGUACUACAGGAAGCAGUUCUCGGUGGCCCGGUUCGCCCAGGUGGAGGACGAACUGCAACAGAACAAACAGCAGAUCACUCAGCUGCUCAAGCAGAAGGAGGCGCCAGAGGAAGCCAUCGUCCUUUACGAAGACGCCCUGUGGUACUUUGACGACAACAGGAAGUGGAGGGAGCGGAUGGUUGCGGUGAGAGCAAACUACUGCCUGGAGUGUCAUGAAAGCCUGCAGUCUUAUGUUAAAGGAGCCAACGCGCUUUACAAGCUGCUGCCUACAGGGGGCACUAUUCUGACCACAGAGGAGAAGUACAUGGAGAUGGUGGACAAAUGCUACCCUGAUGACAGCAACGUGAAGGAGGAGUUCGCUCCUCCUCUGCCGGGGAUGCCGGGGCAGUUCCCGGUCUACCUGCGCCUGCCCUACAGGAGGGAUUACUACUUCUGCUUCAAGCAGGAGGCCAAGCAGGCCACCUUCAUCUCCUUCCUGUCCGACUGCAUCAAGCACCAGAACCAAGACUUCCAGAAGAAGAAGACGUGUGAAGUCCAGGCGUUCCUGAAGGCCAUCCAGCUGUUCCGCCAGGACCGGGGCCAGUACGAGGCCUGGGGCAUGCUGAUCGGCAGCGACGUGCGGGUGAUGGCCAACCUGGUGAUGGAGAAGCUGCUGCCGUCGCUGGGGACGGACCUGCUGCCUCGCCUCAGAGCCAAGAAGACCGACAGGAAGAAGGCUUGGUUCAUCACGAUGGAGGCGGCCUACAUCCUGGUCCAGCAGCAUCUGCUGGAGGGGCUGGCGGCUCUGAAGGAGGAGUGCAAGGUGUCCGUCUGGCAGCAGGAGGUUCUGAUGCGCUCCGACAUGGACCAGAUCCUCAACACCAGGCGGCAGCUGGAGGAGAAGAUCCGAGCCAAGGUCUCUGAGCCGGCGGAGCAGCUGUGCUCCGAGUCCGUCCAGCCCUACCUGGGCUCGGUUCUGGAGGAGCUGAUGGAGCCGAUCAGCUCCGGCUUCAUGGCCAGCCGGCAGCUGAUGGAGACCAAGAUGGACGAAGUGUGCCAGGCCGUCCUGCAGGGAGCCGACAACGACGAGCUGAAACAGGCUUUGGGUGAGAUGGCGAGACCGAACCUGCUGGACUGCUGCCUGAAGAUCAGCUCCCUGCAGGACAAACUGAAGCACCUGCAGGAGCGCUUUGGGUUCAGCACCUUGACGGCGGUGACCCACGGCGCUCAGAUCGACCUGCAGCAGCUGAUGGAGAACGCGGCGUACACGCUGGAGCUGAUGCUGAAGAAAGCCAUGGAGGACAACCCGGAAACGGCCGGCGCCGUCAUGGACAAGGCCAAGCACCGGAUCCUGAAGCAAUUCGACUACGACAGCAGCACAGUGAGGAAGAGGAUCUUCCAGGAAGCCCUGGUGUCCAUCAUGCUGCCCUUCAUCAAGAAGAAUCUGGCCGACUCCUGCAAACCCGAGCUCCAGGGUCUGGAACAGACCGUCUACACUGACUACGCCAACUUCAUCCACGUGGAGAACGUCUACGAGAACAUCCUCCUGCAAAUCCUGGACAAGGAGGUUUCUAAGGUGGUGAAGGAAGCCGCCAGCCUGCAUAAACACAACCUGUUCAAAGAGAGCAGCCGCUCCAGCCUGUCCUCCGUCUCCACGCCCAGCAGCCCCCCCCCGGCUCUGGCCUCCUCCAUCAGGUCCCAGGCUCCUCCGUCUCCUCUGGCCGUCAACGGGCUGCACCCCAGUCCCACCAAGGGGGCGGAGCCAAAGAGGGAGAAGGUAGGAGGAGAAGUGCUGCAGGCGGCCGAGACGCUGCUGAAGGAACCGACAGCGGACCGGCCAGACGCAAAGCUGCCAGCGGCCGAAGGAACCCGAACGUUGAAGGUAGAAGGGAUCAGCUCAGCAGAACCAAAACCUCCUUCAGCCGAGACUCUGGACCCAUCAGAACCACAGAUCCAGGAAAAUCUUUCUGUCCAAGCAGAAGAACCCAGAACCCAGAGAACAGACCAACAAGAGGCAGAAACCACUUCAUCAGAACCUCCAGCUGCAUCAGAACCCCGUGCUGUUUCUCCAGAACCUCCUGCUGCUUCUCCAGAAGUUCCAACUGCUGCAGAACCUCCUGCUCCAGAACUUUCUUCUCCAGAUCCUCUAGCUACAGUUGCAGAACCUCUGGCAACUGUAGAGCCUCCAGCUCCAGAACCUUCCGUUGUUUCAGAAGCUCCAAGUCUGGACCAAACCGAUGAACCAUUGGAUCUUCCAGCAGAAGAAACCGGAUCCCAGCCUGCAGCCGCCAGCCAGCAGCCACCUGCCGUGCUGGCGGCUCCCCCUGGUGGUGAAGAAGCAGAAGACGCCAGCCUGAAGCUGCAGCUGAAGACGGAGGACUCGGACUCCCUCUCCGCCUCGGAUCCCAACUCCCUGGCCGUGUCGGUGGGAAGUGACUCUCCACGGUCCGACCUGGAGUCCGCAGAAGGAAUCUCAGAAACCUCGGAGCUCCUGGAGGUCCAGUCAGCGCUGAGCCCAGAGGAAACGUCUGAGGACCAGACCUCAGCGGGAGAACCGUCCGUCGAGGCGGAGGCCGGAGCCACGGCGGAGAGUCCGGCAGAACCGGACGGUGCUGCGUUCUCCCCGCCCGCCGGGAACGGUCCCGGCGGGCCCGAUGUCCAGCUGCCGGACUGCGUGAAGGAGAUCCGCAACCUGAUGGUGGAGGUGAUCGAGGUGGAGGAGCCGAUGCAUCAAUAUCCCAAAGAGGAAUGAACUGAUGGAGGGGGGAACCAGAACCAGAACCAGAACCGCCUUAAACUCCUGCAUGAAGAUACAAUAACUUAUUUAAACAAAUCAUUGAUCAGGUUUUAGCUGGAAGCUACUUUGGGAACUUUUGGCUUCAUCCUGCAGAACUUCACCGGGUUCCUGCCGAUGAGGUUCUGCAGGAACCCGGUGAUUCUUUCCUAUCUGACCGGGUCCGGAACUCCAGGAUACAACAUUGAUAGAAAAAAAAAUUAAAAAGCAAAUUUCCAUCAAAAAAUUCUCAGAAAUGUUCAAGAAAAAAAAACAGAUUUCUGAUCCAAACAUCCAAACUUUCAGAACUCUGAAUCUGGGUUUUCUCUCAAGAAUUGCUGAUUUUUUUUCUUCUCCAUCACAUUUUUGGCUUUUCAAACCAACAUUUUCUAAAAAAAA